CGUCUUAUUGAUUGGUGAUGCACAUGUAUGUGAAAAUUGUGAUUUAUUCUAAAGGAUGUCGGUACAUUCUGAUUCUGAAUUGUUGGGAAAAUCAUACGGACCAUGAGCAGUAAGACAGUUGGUAAAUAUGCGGAUUACGUGUCUGAGAUGUACCCUAGUAAAGAUGGACCUGAAGAGGCUACCAAACUUAACAGUCAAUCUUCUAAAGAAAAUGACAGAGCGGAGGCAACAACCCUGAUAGAAGCCUCACCGCCAAAGGAAGAUCCCUGGGCAUUGCCUGAACUAAAAGAUACAGGGACCCCUUGGAAAGACUUGGAUACAAAGGGAAAGGUAAUCAAGACAAUAUGGACAUCUACCAGGACAUUACUCAUCUUCCUCUGUCUCUACUUCUUCAUCUGUUCUUUAGAUUUUUUGAGUUCUGCCUUUAGACUUCUGGGAGGAAAAGCUGCCGGUAGAGUGUUCCAGAACAGUACACUAAUACAGAACCCGAUAUGUGGUCUGAUGAUCGGAGUGUUGGUCACUGUAUUGGUUCAGAGCUCAUCGACAACCACGUCUAUUGUGGUCAGUAUGGUAGCUGCAGAUAUCCUCACAGUGAAGUUGUCCAUCCCGAUCAUAAUGGGUUCUAAUAUCGGAACGUCGGUGACGAACACCAUCGUAUCACUAGGGGAAAUCACCCAUCGUAACGACUUUCGGCGAGCUUUCGCUGGGGCCACAGUACAUGACAUGUUUAACUGGCUGUCAGUCAUUGUCUUGCUUCCACUGGAAAUUGCCACAGGUUAUCUCUACCACAUAUCUGGGGCUAUUGUUGAAAGCUUGCAGCUGGGAUCAUACAAAGAUGCCAAUAAAGAUCUUCUGAAAGCAGUUACAAAACCUUUUACAAAAUUAAUCAUUCAAAUAGAUUCUAGUAAGAUCAACAUGAUAGCUAAAGGAGAGAGAGAGGAAGAAGACUUCAGACUGUUGAAAAUCUGCUGUCAAUCCAAAACAGCCACCAUAACCAACGAGACUGGAUACAAUUAUACCCAAACCAAUUGUGUUCAAAACUGUAAUCACCUUUUCGCCACUUCCGGUUUGUCAGAUUCCGUGAUAGGGAUCAUUAUGCUUCUGGCCUCUCUUGCACUUCUUUGUUUAUGUUUAUUUGGAAUUGUCAAGUUACUCAACUCUCUGCUUCAGGGAAAUAUCCGAAAAAUUAUCAAAAAAUUUGUUAAUUACAAUUUCCCUGGAAAAGCAGCAUAUUUCACAGGAUACGUAGCCAUUGCAAUAGGGAUAGGUUUCACUAUUUUAGUCCAGUCCAGUUCUAUUUUUACCUCGACCUUGACACCUCUUGUGGGGGUUGGAGUUGUCAGUAUUAAACGGAUGUAUCCUUUAUGCCUUGGUUCUAACAUCGGUACCACAACUACUGGAAUUCUUGCAGCUCUAGCAACAGACACUCAAGGUGGAACAAAACGGCUUCAAAAUGCUCUUCGAGUUGCCAUGUGUCAUCUUUUCUUUAACCUAACGGGUAUUUGUAUUUGGUACCCCUUGCCUUUUAUGAGGUUACCAAUCCGCCUUGCAAAAUUCCUAGGCAACACAACAGCAAGGUAUCGUUGGUUUGCGCUGUUUUACCUGGCCGUUGCAUUCUUCAUUCUCCCUUUGACAAUUUUUGGAUUGUCUCAAGGUGGAUGGGAAGUUCUUGCAGGGGUCGGUAUACCCGUAAUUUGUUUACUUUUUAUCAUAGGGAUAAUAAAGUUACUGCAGAGGAAAAGACCCAAUUGGUUACCUAAGAAGCUUCAGAACUGGAAGUUUUUACCUCUAUACUUUCGUUCUUUACAACCUCUUGACAGAUUAUUUAAUCACUUAUUUGGAUUCUGUAAAAUAUGUCAUCACCAUCACCACGACCAUCAUCAUCAUCAUGACAAUGAUGAAAACAUAACAACAAAAACUGACGAGAGCCAAAAAAUGAUUUAAUGUAGAACACGUCGCACUUUUUUUAAACAAGUUGGAAUUCAUGCUGUAGGGCUGUGCCGACUUUUACAUUAAUUUUCAGAUCAGUUCAUUACCUUGCUGCCAUUACAACUUAAACGUUUUCUAGUGGUAUUGUACAGAUAAGUCUUUUAUCACCUCAGAAAAGUAUUAAAGUAAACGAAAAAAGGGAAGAAUGGUAGGGUCAUUUAAACUAAAAUACUUUUUAGUGAAAAUAAUGGCCAGAAAAUAUUUACUUGCUUAUGGAAGUCGACAUUCGAGUGAACUACAAAUUGCAUUUAUAGAUUUAAAUAGAUUUACAUUGGGUAGUAUUCUUUUGCUUUUAUGGGUUCACAUCAAACAACCAAACAACAGAUAUUCUACCUCAGUUACAGUACAAUAAAUCAUACUGUAGGUCAAAGAACAAGGUUCUUUAAGGCAAAAUUCUGAUAUGAAAUGUUUGAAUUAGUAUUAAGAGCAAAAUUUUUUCUAUAAUUCUGAAAAUACAGAAUUAAAGUUGUGCUAGAGCAUCUUUGGAUAUGUUGAAUUGACAUAACCCUGCAAGUUUUUUUUUUUUUUUCGACGAUUGAGCGACCUGACAUUCAUCAGAUACAAUUUCAACAUUAAAAUCAAAAUGAAUAGUGUUCAUGUUAUGGUCAAAGAAUAAAGUUUGAUCCAAUUAACGAUUUUGGAAAAGAAAAAAAUUACUAGUAUAUAUGCUUGGAUAAACAUUUGGGUAUGUUAAUUUGUCUUUUAUUUACAGUCGAAAGGGGAAACAGACAAUAUGUUGAUUUCGAAAAAGUUUAUAAAAGUAUUCUGAGAAAUCAAGAAGUAUGCAAAGACCACAGUCAUGCUCUGUAAUCCUGUAAAUGAUCUUGGAAAAACAAAUUAUUAAACACUUAUCAGCCGUUUUCUUGUUUAUGUUUAUGAAUAGACAGUUGAAAAGAAAUGCACGCGUUUACUUACCACUCUAAAAGAGUUCAUGCGUGACUAGCCCUUUGCAUCAGUCGUGUACUAGUAAUGUGUAAGUUGUUUAAUGAUGUGUACUUGGGAAUUAAUUAAAGAUUUGGUCAUAAUUAGAUGAAUGCAAAAAAGUUUUAUUCUUCUUCCAUUUUAUUUUUUAUACUCUCUGUCGGUUUUAGCUCACCUGAACCAAAGGCUCUGGUUAACUGUCGAUCUGUCUUUCUGUUUGCCUCGUGUUGUCUGUAAACUUUUUUUCACAUUUCAAACUUCUCCAGAAAUACUGGACCGAUUUCAACUAAACUUGCCGCUGAUCAAGGGAAUAAAGUUUUCAAGUUUGCUCAAAUGAAGGGCCACUCCCUCUUUUAAGGGGAGAUAAGAAUAUGUGAAAACUAUCUAUUAAAAUCUUCUUUUCAAGAACGGCUAGAACAAAUAAAAUUGAAACUUACAUAUAAGAUCCCCGAUAGAGUAUAGAUUUAAAUUUAUUUAUAUCAUGGUCCCCAGAGGUAGGUUGUGGCCAAUAUUGGAGAUCAGUUUAUAUUGAAAAAUUUAGGGAAAAAUCCUGGACUGUUACACAUACAGCUUAUAGCC